CCGUGAGCUAGCCAGUGGGGUUAGCUCUGGGACAUUCACUGAAGAGCACAUGGGCAGCCUGGCAUUGGCAACAAAGCAUGAAGAAGCUUGGAAUACAAAACACAAAGAGGGAGAGUGACUUCAUUCUCCGGUCAGGUUGAUGAAGAUGAAGUUUCUGCAGCUUCAAUCCGAUGGUUCCUUGUGUUUAUUGGCGCCGAAUGUUGGUCCAGUGGUUAGGGACUCCGACCGGCGACGUAGAGGCCCUGGGUCCGAAGCCCAGCUAAGGUACGUCACUCAAGCGUGUUUGUGAUGAAUGUGUGUGUGGUUUCCUUUGUGUGCUCAAAACAACAAACACUAAAACUUUCAAACUUUUCGAUCAUUGUUCGUCGUGUCGCGUCGAUUUCAACUUGCGAAUUUCUGAAUUUCAUCGUCGACCAACGAGGAGGAAGCAGAGAACACGGAAUUUCCUGUGGUUGUGAUUUUCUCUCCGGUGGAGAGACAGACUGUAAGUUUAGGGAAGAAGAAGAAGAACAGGAGCGUAAAACUCUUCCACACAUGACAAACUGGCUUGUUUGCAAAGGCUCAUGUUCUAGUGAGGAUCUCCUCGUCUCUCUCUGCUCUGUGAAAGGAUCCACCGAUGAAGAGUUGUGCAGGGAGGUGGUGCAGCUGCAGCCUCCUCCUCCUCCUCCUCCUCCUCCUCCACCAGCCUCAGAUGGUUGCUGCUGGUGUUCGGCUAGUGUUGGCUGCCACCCUGUGGACGAUGCCUCACAUGGGAGCUGCUGCUGUGCUGUUGAGCUCCACAGAGCUGCUAAACAUGACCAGGUCUGGAGCUGAGACACAGUCAGACUUCAGGAUGCUCACUGGAGCUGUCAACAGACGUAAACGAGCCAUUUCAUCCAGAGAGAUCAACUCUCUGCUGGAUUACCACAACCGAGUCCGCUCUGAGGUCUUCCCCCCUGCAGCUAAUAUGGAGUUCAUGCUCUGGGAUGAGGGACUCGCUAAGUCAGCGGACUCUUGGGCUUCACGAUGCGUUUGGGAUCACGGUCCAACACAAGCCAUGAGAUACAUGGGCCAAAACCUGUCAGUCACCUCAGGAAGGUACCAGUCCAUCACUGAUCUGGUCCGGUCCUGGUACGAGGAGAGGCAUCAUUUCUCCUUCCCGAACAGAUGCAGUGGAUCAGUUUGCUCUCACUACACUCAGAUGGUGUGGGCGAGCACCAAUAGGGUGGGAUGUGCUGUCAGGAAGUGCUCUAACAUGUAUGUGUUUGGGAGCACAUGGAGGGAGGUAACGCUGCUGGUCUGCAACUACUCUAUAAAGGGAAACUGGGUGGGUGAGGUUCCCUAUAAGAGCGGGAAGCCUUGUUCUGUCUGUCCGUCCAGCUACGGCGGCUCCUGCUGGAGAAACCAGUGCUCACCAAACAGGAAACCCAAAAGACUUACAAGAUAUUAACACAACACAGUGUUUGAAACAUGUUUUAAUCGAAGAAAAAAAGGCAUAAGCAAAGUCAAGUUUUAACCAACACAAAGGCUGCAUAACAAAAUAGAAAAUGAUGCAGCUGUCCAGUUACCACUAUGUUCAAAGUAAAUCUUUAUUAAUGAAUGUUUUACACACAGGCGAGUUGAUGUAGUGGUAUGAGUGUUUAUAUUUUCUUUGCUGUUGAUCACUAACAAAAUAAUAUUGAAAACAAAGGAAGUCUUUUUCUACAUUAUGUAAAGUACUUUUUAUACUUCUUGAAGACAUCUACGGAGAGCUUUUGCUCUUGUUAUUGAUGAAUUUGUGUGACUUUUGAGAGGCAUUGACCGAAAAUGAAGCACUUUUGUUGUACAGAUUAUAUUUACUAUAACCUUGGAUGUGUCAUUGAUUCUCUUUCUAUAACCUGAUUGAAUAGUUUUUCUUUGUUCAGU